UGACCGCAACACGGGGUUAAGAAGACCAUUUUGAUGGAUACCAAGCAUUGUCCAGUGGACGUGGCUGUAAAGAUUAAACACUCCCCGUAUUGUUCAAAGCGUUGAAACGCGACCGUAUACUGAAUACCUCCUGAUUGGAUGCAAUUUGUUAUGAAUGGCAGGAGCUUUAAAGAAGAUACUUUUGUACAGUUAUGACUACAGCUGCAAUGAAUGCAUGAUUCAAAUUGUGCGAAUAAGGUAUUUUUCAGAGCAAACAUGUCAAGUUAAGAAGAAACAAGUACAGACGACCGGGCGCUGAAUGGGUGUGACAGGGAAUAGCUGCUCUCUAAACCUAUUGGAUGAUUGUGACUCAAACAAACUCCACAUCUCACUACUCCCUCCUCUUUCCCCACCCUCGAAUUCCUGUCUGUCUGGAUGUGGACAUUGAGCGUUUGUGGGGACAAAUAGCCAAUUAAACGGUACAUUUGAGGAGGAUAAACAAAGACAUUAUCGGGGCACAGUUUCAAAACAUUUUUAUAUUUCUAUCCAGAGGAAAAUACUCAAGUGGAAUCUGUUUACGCCUUGAUAUCGUGACCGUGGAAUGCGAAAAACUAGCUAGCUUGCUAACUAAAGAUACUCACAAGUAGCUAUUUUCACCAACUUUUUCGCAGACGUUCGGGAAAGUAACAGUUCUAGGUUUCAUCUGGACGGUCAGUGGAGUGUCAGGAGUCGAAUUAUUCUUACUUGCGCUUUGAUUGAUAUUUUAUUACAACAGAAAGCUGCCUUUGUCGACCGCAUAUUUUUGUCAUAUCACGUCGUGGAGCAUGGAAAUAUUAGACAGCGGUGAGCCAUUUUCACACUGGGAUCGAAAUCUAAGCGAAUUGUCUGAGCCCGGAGAAAACGACAAUGUUGUGUACAACACACACUUCACGGACCUCUUGGAUGACCUAUCCCAGGAGGCCUUGCUGGGCCAGCUGCUGAGCGACCCCUUCCUGUCCGGGCGGGGCGAGGCCAUGGACACGGAGGAGGAGCUGAUCCCCGCCUCCCCGGUGCCCCCCCACAUCCAGGCGGAGCACAGCUACUCCCUGAGCGGAGACUCGCGACCCCAGUCCCCCCUCUCACACCUGCCCGGGGAACGAGAGAGCGACGCAGGGGAGUCGGAUGGGGAGGACUGGUGCAUGGAGCCAGAGGAGAAGGCCCUGAAGAUGGACCCGCUCCUCUCUGACGCCCCGUCCCUGCUGCCCACGCUCACCCUCAGCCUGGCCCCCGAGGGCCCCGGGGCCCAGCCGGUGGCCCCCCAAGCCCUCUCCGUCCCCGUCCUGCUCUCCCAGCCCUCACAAGUCAAGAUCAUCAAGAUUAAGGAGGACAGUGAGAGCUUCAGUCCCAAAAUCAAGCUGGAACCCCAUGAGGUGGAUCAGUUCCUCAACCUGUCCCCCAGAGGCUUGGAGUCUCUGCAGCUCCCCCCCACACCCCCCAGCUCUCAUGGCAGCGACUCGGAGGGCAGCCAGAGCCCCACGCGUCCCUGCGAGCCCUCCAGCCCCACCCAGGCGCAGGCGCAGGCCGUCCUGAAGGUGGCGCCGCGGGCCCCCUCCUCCCUCUCCAACUCUCCCCUCCUCACCGCCCCCCACAAGCUGCAGGGCUCAGGACCCCUCCUGCUGACGGAGGAGGAGAAACGCACGCUCAUCGCCGAGGGAUACCCCGUCCCGACCAAGCUGCCCCUCUCCAAGGCCGAGGAGAAGGCCCUCAAGAAGAUCCGCAGGAAGAUCAAGAACAAGAUCUCUGCUCAGGAGAGCCGAAGGAAGAAGAAGGAGUACAUGGAUACGCUGGAGAAAAAGGUGGAGACGUGCUCCAACGAGAACAACGAGUUGCGCAGGAAAGUGGAGACUCUGGAGUGCACCAACAAGUCUCUCCUGCAGCAGCUGCACUCCCUGCAGGCGGUGGUGGCGGGGAAGGUCCCUCGGUCCUGCAGGGUGACGGGCACACAGACCUCCACGUGCCUCAUGGUGGUGGUGCUGUGCUUCGCCAUGUUCCUGGGCAGUUUCUACCAGGGCCUGGGGCCCUGCUCCUCCAUCACUAAAACAGGCCUCUCCAGAGAGCCCAGGAUGGAGGAGUCCUACGAAGCCACCGUGAAGUCGCGGAGCCUGCUGGGCUACGAGGACCACGGCGGCCUGGACGAGCCUCACCCCUCCGGGCUGGGAGGGGAGUACCCGGAGACGUGGGACAGGCAGGUGGACGUCAUGGCGACCUGGCGCUCCCUGCAGGAGCAGCGGCAGGAGCAGCAGGAGCAGCAGGAGCAGGCGGAGAGGCUCAGGGCGGAGAGGCUCAGGGCGGAGUCCAAACCGCCGUACACCCACAGCAACGAAUCGCACGCGCAGAAGCCGAUACUCAUAGACCUACACCCACACAGAUCACUGGAGCUUCGGAGCAAUGAAAGCACAAAAGUGAUAGAACUGGAGAGGACAGUGAACGAGACUUUCUGAGGUCUGAAUACCCCCCCCCCCAAAACCCUGGCCUCCCCCCCCCCCCUUCCACAGUGUCAGAGGCUUGAAACUCACCCUUUGUAUUUAUAUAUUCUGUUUGAAUAUUGUUUUACAUACGUAGUUUGUUUUUUUAUGUAUUUCUAUUCCAUUCCAACAUUAUACGGUAGUCUUUGUUGAUAUUUUAUUUUGUUAAUAGUUUUUAUUUUUUCCAUUUCUAAAUUUAUUACAUAUAUAUUCUUUACUUUCUUGCACCUGUACUAUCUUAUUUGCAGGAAGCUUGGAAGCCUUUUCAGUUGGUAUUAAUAUUGUUACCCACGGCCAUGUCGAUUUUUAAAAGCCAUCCGAUUUCAUGUCCAAAUAAUGAUUUGAAUGCAGAUGUCUACAAUAUGGGUUUUAAAGAAAACCAAAGAGUCACACAGGAGUCAGGUGAUUUAUCGCAGAGCUAUUCUGUUCAACUGAUCUAUUUUGGAUGUCACUAAGUGUACACAGGACUGUGGGGUAAUAAAAUGUUCUUCUUGUUAGCUGUCCUCUACAUGUGCUUCUGAACACCAGGUCUGCAGGGACUGGGGAGAGAUAUACAUAAUCUCCCUGACAGUACAGCAUGCUUACGUGGACAUUAACCUUGUCGUUUAAGGUUCACCUAGAUUUAUUCUUCUCUUGUGAACUUGCAGGGCACAGUAGACAAGAGUCUGAUGUGGUAUAUGGUCUUCAGAGCCGCCAAAUCUAAUUUUGUCCCUGUGACAUCAUGCUAGCACUAUACUUGGAAUGAAAAAAUCUAAUUCUUUCCCUGUAGUGUCAGGCUUGGUCUCUUCUUGGAAUUAAAAAAUUCAAUCCUAGGUCAGUAUCCCUGUACACUUGUUCUAUGCAUAGAAUGAAAAAGAAAGGAAAAAAAAUCUCAUAGUUGGAUUUUCCUGAAAUAUCAAGUGCAUGAGGCUUAGAGGUUGUAAACAAGUGCCACAUAUUUUAGUGCACUUUUAGGAUAGGGGGCGGAGCUGGAUUGUAUUCCUGGGCAGUGUUCAAAUGGACCAGGAAUAGGAAGUGCCCGACUGUGUCCCCAUUGGCCACUUUCCGUUUCCGCAUCUGAACUGUAAUGCAGUAUUGGACUGUAGGUCACUACUGUUGUGACUGGAAUAUGUGUCUCUAAACCCCUGCUCUAUUUCUGCGGAAUUCCCAGUGAAACCACUUCCUUAGUUGCGUACUAAUUUGUGGUCAUGACAUCAUGGAUUAAACCUACUCUUGGAUAGAAAAAAAAAACAACACAUCUGCUGUGAGCAAACAUGCACUGUGUCCAAAGAAUGAAUCUUAUUUAUUUAUUAAAUGUAGCAUUCUAUUAAUUUUCAGCACCAACGGCAGCAUUUUGAUUUGUCAUAUCAUGUCUGGCUGUAACCCAGACAUACAUUUUUAAUGUGCUCUUAAAAUGACAAAUAAAUUUGUGGAUGGUACUGGGCUGUUCAUUUUUACACUGUUUCAGCAGUCACACAGACUGCCUGUGGGCGGUUUGUCAGCUUACCUUUAUCAGGCUGGUGGUUCUGUCUGCAACGAUCCUGUCAUCGAGAUUAAUGUCCAUAUGCUUUCGGUUGGAAAGAUGCUUUACUGUCUUGUUCACAGUUCAAACACAGGAAAUGUGUUCCUGUUCUGUUUUUUUUUUCUUUUCUUUUUUUCCAAAUCAAAUAAAUAUUUUCCUUAGUAAAAGCA